AUUUAACGCUAGAUUCCUGUCAACAUCCAUGUCUGACAGGAAUUAGCUGGGCAGCGUUAGCAACAGCUAGCUCCGAGGACUGAUAUUUCAAUAGUUUUACGUUUGGUGACUGAAUUGCUGAGAAAACGUCAUCAUGUCUCAGGUGGAGAAGAAGGCAGGGCUGCUGAGGAGAACGUCAUCCUCAAAGAAGCCCUUGAAAGAGAAGGUGGUGCUGAUGUAUGAUGAGAUUUUUGCGAAGGAAGACCCUGCCAAAAACAACCCUCGCUUCUGGGAUGAGCUGUUUCUUAUGAAGGUGAACUUGGAGUACCUGGAGUCCAAGUUGGAGAGUGUAGAUGGGGAGGAGGUUCAGCGGAUCCAGGACAACAUCAACUCUCUGUUCCACCACUGUGUUCAGGCUCUAGCAGAGGAGCACCAGAUCAAAGUGGUCAAUGCCCUGCAGACUCUGUGUGCACUUUUCCGAGGGGUUCACCAGAAGAACAAGUCAGCAUCGGGCUUUGACAUCAUCAACAUGCUCAUGGGGUUUGACAAGGCUGAGCAAAGAAUGAAGGACUUGAUGGAGAGACUGGACGGCCUUCUUUGCGGAGACGGAUCAGAGAGUCUGAAGAGCCUUUGUCUCAAACUGCUGCUGUGUCUGGUGACGGUAACGGACAAUAUUAGUCAGAACACCAUACUGGAAUAUGUGAUGAUCAACAGCAUCUUUGAAGCCAUUCUGCAGAUUCUGUCAGAGGUGUCCAGCAGAGGGCAGCAUGGUUAUGAUGCUGUGGUCCUUUUGGCCCUUUUGGUCAACUACAGGAAAUAUGAGUCUGUGAAUCCAUACAUCGUGAAACUCUCCAUUGUGGACGAUGAGCCAACACUGGAUGGAAUGGGUAUGGUCGUCCACCAAGCGCUGACAGAAUAUAACAGGCAGUACAAAGACAAAGAGGAGGAGCACCAGGGUGGGUUCUUCUCUACCCUCACUAGCAUGGUGGGCAACAUGUUUAUAGCAGAUGCAGAUGAAAAGCUCUCUGUACAGACCAAUGAGGCGAUUCUGCUGGCGCUGUACGAGGCCGUGCACUUAAACCGCAACUUCAUCACUGUAUUAGCACAGAGCCACCCUGAGAUUGACAUUGCAGUCACACCUAUCACCCCUACUCCAACAACACCUACAACACCGCUCGGCACAACGCCGCCAUCCCUAGACAUGAUGAACAACCCAGAACUGCCUCUGGAUCCCAACCUGCAGACCAGCAACCUUCUCAUCACCUUCCUCAAGUACGCAUCUAUUGUAAUGCAGGAUACAAAAGACGAGCAUCGACUCAACAGUGCCAGAUUGUGCCUAAUCAUCCUCACCUGCAUAGCAGAGGACCAGUACGCUGAUGCCUUUCUUCAUGACGACAACAUGAAUUUUAGAGUCAAUCUCCACAGAAUGCCCAUGAGGCACAGAAAAAAAGCAGUGGACAAGAACAUCCCUUCACGGCCGCUGGUGUGUGCUGUUCUAGAUCUGAUGGUGGAGUUUAUUGUCACUCAUAUGAUGAAGGAUUUCCCCAUGGAUUUAUAUUUGCGCUGUGUACAGAUCAUCCACAAACUCCUCUGCUACCAGAAGAAAUGCAGAAUCAGGUUACAUUACACCUGGAGAGAGCUUUGGUCAGCUCUCAUCAACCUGCUGAAGUUCCUGCUGUCAAAUGAGACCACACUGCUGGCCAAGCACAACAUCUUUCAUCUCGCCUUACUGGUAGUGAACCUGUUCAACAUGUUCAUAACGUACGGCGACACGUUUCUUCCUACGUCCAACAGCUACGACGAAUUGUACUAUGAAAUCGUACGAAUGCACCAGGUCUUUGACAACCUUUACUGUAUGGUUCUGAGAGUAUCGACCAACACGGGCCAGUGGAAGGAGGCAGCCAGUAAAGUCACACAUGCCCUUGUCAACGUUCGGGCCAUCAUCAACCAUUUUAACCCGAAGAUCGAGUCAUACGCUGCCGUGAACCACAUCUCCCAGCUGUCAGAAGAACAGGUGUUGGAGGUGGUGCGGUCCAACUACGACACACUGACCCUCAAACUGCAGGAUGGUUUGGACCAGUUUGAGAGAUACUCGGAGCAGCCGAAAGAGGCGGCUUUCUUCAAGGAGCUGGUGCGCUCCAUCAGUCUGAAUGUGAGGAAGAAUGUCUCUCUGAACACACUGAGUCAGGACGUCCUGCUCAAAGAGUUCUCCACCAUCUCCUGAGACACACACACACACACGCACACACACACACACACACACACACACACACACACACACACACACACACACACACACACACACACACACACACACACACACACACACACACACACAGGCCUUCUCCUCCCUCCUGUUGGACAUAAACAGUACAUUUUUUUGUGCAUGUGGACUAACACAUAACACCACAAACACCAACCAGUACAAUCGCUGAUUCAUCUCGACUCCACUUCCUCCUCGUCCUCUUCUUCUUCUGUCUCCUGUGAGCUGGGACUACGGAGACUUCUCCCACAGAGACGGACACACUCACAGGCUUGGAUGCACCUUACAACUCUCCAGACUUUGCUCCCUUUGUGGUCGUUCAUGUGUGUGUGAUUUAAGGAAGUGCCCGUAUUGAACUGGUUCGUCGUGUGCAAUCUGCAGUAUUGGCCAGACUGUUAACUGACACAUGAAAGUUUGGAUUUAAGAUGUUAAAAAAAAAAAAAGUAUUUUUAACCCAUAAUGUUCAUCUCCACCCUCUCUCUCUCUUCCUCUCUCUCUCUCUGUUGUAAGUAGCUUCUGAUGUCAAACUGACCACAGUACAAGAUUAUCUCUUAUAUAUCUCUUCAGUAAUGAUUUCAGACAGUUUGGGCUUCGAGUGUAUCAUUAUGUUCUUUCUAACAUUGGUAAAAGUGUCCCUGAGCCUUUUUUAUUUUUUUUAUUUUUAGUUUGAAUCUUACCGGAUUAGAGCAUUAACUAACUAGUCGAAUCAGAACAACUUUCUUUGUGUCUGAAUGCUUCUCUCGUGUGAAUGUUUAUUCUCUGCAAGUAUUUUGUAUUUCCACGUUUGCUAAAGGUUAGAACAUUUUGACCAAUAACGAAGUUAAACAUGCUUCUGAAGUGAUUAAAACAUUUUUGUUUUUGAAGAAAACCACGACUAAUCUUCACUACUGUUCGGCACACAAUACAUUUUCUCCAUUAGUUUAACUAAUUCAUCUGGAUGUGUUGAAGUGAGUGGUUUAUUUAUAGAGGGUAAAUGUUCAGAUAAUGGUUAAACGUACCUGUAUUAUUCCUAAAGGUUAUUAAUGCUGGUGUGUCUCUGGCACAUGUUACAUCAGUUAAAUGAAAAAACAAACAAAAAAACAUUUGCCUUCACUUCUCAACUUAUAAAUUGAUUUUUUUUUUUAAUGGAAGCAGAUCUGAAUUAUGCAUUUUCUUUCAAGGGUAAGGUCAUUUUUUCAUCCCUAACCCCUGUAGGUGUUUUUUGGUUGUCUGUUUUUUUGCUCCUAUUACUCAACUAGUGUUUCCUCUUUUGACUAUUUAGUCUGGAAAGAUUAAAAAAAAAAGAAAAAAAGUCUUACAUAAUUUAUUCUACUUUUACAUCUAUAUUGUAAUGUUAAGCUCUCAUCUUGUAGUUUGAAGUUUGUAAACCUCCCACACACACUGACCUCUGCUGACAUUGCUGACUGAGUCUGAAACAUUAGGCGUCAGUGGGAAACUUCUUGUCUUAUCGCCACAAACUGAAAACUGAAAGAUGACUUCCUGUUGAAUGGAUAUGAUUUUUGAUAACAAA